AUGCGCCAACUGUUCAAACCUGGCAUUUGCAGAUUCAGCGAACUCAUGGGUCCGCCAACUCUGCCUCACCCUGCACCCCUACCGUCGGUCCCUUUCAUCCCUCCGCGGCCAGGUUGGAAGCAACCGCCGCCUGAGCCGCAUCUCAAAGUUCGAGCGAAACCCAACGGAGGGAUCAUGCUGUCAUGGAAUCUGAAGUUCAACUCGGAUCACGAGGACAUUAAGUUCUACCGAAUUUACGCGUAUGAAGAAACGUCAGAGGAGCCGAGCCAGUUACUUUGGAGGACUGUGGGCGACGUGGUAGCGCUUACUCUGCCAAUGGCCUGCACCCUGACGCAGUUCAAAGAAGGCUACACGUACCAUUUCGCAGUGCGCGCCGUCGACAUGCGCAACAGAUUGGGCCAGAGCAGCAACAUCGUGAGCAUCCACUUGAAGCCACCCAACCACUCAAAAUUGUAA